AUGGAUAACGACACUUUUGUGGAUCCCAUUCUUCCAAGUGAGGGUCCUGCAAAAGUCGCAAAGUUGAUCAGAGUGAAUGAAGGGAAAAGUCAGGAAAAGAAAAAGUCUUCGAAGUCAAAAAACACCUCUCCGGAUAACCCUAAACUGAAGAAGACAUCCAAAUCAUCUAAACAGAAAACAGAGCUUGAUGAAGAGGAGUCGAGUCCAAAGGCAAAGGGUAUCGUGAAGUGCACCAAGGCGGUAGUCAUCGAUGUCGGUACAGGAUACCUGAAAACUGGGUUUGCUGGUGCAGAUGCGCCCUCCUGCGUAAUUCCCAGUGUUGUGGGUUUGGCGCGCAAAGGCCCCUUGGAUUACAAGCACGGCUAUGUGGGGAGGGAAAUUCUAGAAACAAUAGACAUAUCCCACGUCAGCCCGGUGCAUAACGGCAUAGUAACAGAAUGGGAUGCAAUGGAGAGACUGUGGGAAUACUCGUUCAAAACGCUGGGUAUCCCAAGCGAGGAGCACGCCGUGCUUUUGUGUGACCCUCCUCUUAGUCCGACCACCAACAGAGAAAAACUCGCCGAAAUCAUGUUCGAGAGCUUCAGCACUCCAGCUAUGUUUAUUGAAAACCAGUCCGUUUUAUCCAUGUAUUCCUAUGGCAGAACUAGCGGACUGGUUUUGGAAUGCGGGCAUGGAUGCUCUUACGCAGUUCCCAUUGAUGACGGCCACUACAUACCAAGUUACACCUGUCGUGCAGAAUAUGCAGGACGAAGCCUUGACCUUUACUUGCAGAAGUUACUGCAGGAGUCUGGAAAAGGGUUCUCUUUUGACAAAUUGGGCCUAAUGGAUGACAUCAAGGCAAAAUGUUGCUAUGUAGCCCCUGAUAUAGACAUUGAAUUAAGAGUUUGUGACAUGGUGCAAUACAAGCUUCCAGAUGGGAAUUAUAUCUCAUUGGGAAAUGAGCGCUCUCUUUGUCCAGAGGUGCUAUUCCAACCAAAUCUGAUUGGAUCCCUUGAGCCAGGACUUCCUAUUAUGGUCAUGAACUGUAUCAAUAAAUGUGACAUCAGAUUGAAGAGUGACAUGCUACAGAAUAUCCUAAUAUGUGGCGGCUCCACAAUGUUCAGUGGUUUUCCUGAACGACUGCAGAGCGAGCUCAACCAGACACCAUGUGGUGGGACUACCAUUGUGGCAUCCCAGGAGCGUCAAAACACUGUGUGGCUUGGAGGUUCAAUUCUUGCCUCCCUGUCCUCUUUCCAGUCACUAUGGAUUCGGAGGAAAGACUAUGAGGAGAAAGGGCCCUUUGUCAUUUAUCGAAAAUGUUUCUGAAAGUUACUUAUCAAUGUGCCU